AGGCCAUCCUCUGUCCCACAUCUGAGCAUCAGUUACUUACAUUCAUCUUUCACGUUGUAUCACAUUUCCUGUCACUCCUGUGAACCAGUUUUGCCAUCCUAUCCCUCUGAAAUAUACACAAAGGACAUAAACAUUGAAGCCAGUGAUUUUUGCCUGGAAGUAAGGUUACUAUCUACCACUGCUCAUCCAUCCUCAAAGACUAUCAUGCCUACAGCCCUUUGCCCCAGAGUCUUGGCCCCAAAGGAGCGAGAGGAGCCCAUUAAAAUGAGGAACCCCCGAGGGCAGGACCCUACCCCACAGGCAGAACCCCCUGGCCCUGAAUCUUUCCGAAGGCUUUUUCGACGUUUUCGCUACCAGGAAGCUGCUGGUCCUAGAGAGGCUCUAAGACGCCUUCGGGAACUCUGUUGGGGUUGGCUAAGGCCAGAGCAACAUACCAAGGAGCAAAUUCUAGAGCUCCUAGUGCUGGAGCAGUUCCUGACCAUCCUACCUGGAAAGAUCCAGAAUUGGGUGCGAGCCCAGGAGCCAGAGAGCAGUGAGCAGGCAGUGGUUGUGGUGGAGGAUUUGGAGACAGAGCCUGGGAGACCAUGGCAGUGGCUCCAGCACUCUGAGGAUCCUGUUGUGAUUGAUGAUGGGGAUGGUUCUCCUGGCCUGGUUCGGGGGUCAGAACAGGAAAGAUUCUUGUCAGACACAGCAUCCCCAGUGGCAGCAUCAGAGUCUUCAAACAGCCUGGCGAAGAGGAGGGUCUGCCAUCCUAUAUCCCAGGAAGAAGGGCUGGGGCAUCCAAACCCAAGAUCAGCAGAGCAACUCAAUGGAGGCCCUGAGGAAGGGCCUCCAUUCACAAAAGAAUCAGGGAUGGCUCUCUGGGAGGAGGAGGGAUAUAUUGGGAAAAUAUCCCCUGUUUCUCAGGUUCCUUUAUUUCCUGAGGAAGGGAGCUCUGAAGACCAGGAAAAAGUGACCUCACUCCAUCUGUCUCAGAACCAUGUGACUCAGCUCAAGGAUGUGAUCCUGUGUUUCUCUGAGGAAGAGUGGUCUCUUCUGGACCCUGCUCAGACUGGCUUCUAUGGAGAAUUCAUCAUAGAGGAGGACUAUGGAGUCUCUCUCCCCAUGAACUAUCCAGGUCCCCAGCCAAUCCCAGAGAGAAUAAAUGAAUUGCCCAAGGUCAUGCAGCUACCAGAUUCCCGGGUAGAAGAGGAUGAGCCAAGUGUCCCGGAAUUCCAGGGCCCCCAGGAUAAGGAGAUUCCCCAAACUACUUGCACAGGAGAUAGCAACAUGAACAAGAAGGAGAUGCCUCAGCAGAAAAGUCUAGGAGAGGAAGUUUCCAUUGAGAUUGUGUUAUCCAGUUCUGGAGAUGAGGAUCCCAAACAGAGCCAGUCCUGCAGAGAAGAUCUUCCAGGAUCUAAGAGGAAGAGACGCAACUCUUCUCUACCUCACAAGAAUAAUAUGAUUGACUUUAGAGAUGUUGUCCAUACUCAGGUUGAGACUACAUCAAGGAAACCUUAUACAUGUCCUGAGUGUGGGAAAAACUUCCGCUGGAGAGCAAACUUCAUCAGGCAUCUCAAGAGUCGCAAGGAAGAAAAGAAAGUUCACGAGUGCCCCAUCUGCCGAGAAACAUUCACUGAGAGUGAGGACCUCAAAGAACAUCGGGAGACCCAUGAAACUAAGAAGCCCUACAUAUGUGGUGAGUGUGGGAAAAGCUUUCGCCUCAGUUCCCAUCUUGUCUCCCAUAGCAGAAUGCACACCCAGGAAAAGGGACCUGAGCUAAGCAAGAAAGAACAACAAGGAGCAUCAUCAUCAUCAUCAUCAUCAUCAUCAUCUUCUAGCCCAUCAGAAGAAAUUACAAAUCCUAGCACCUUAUGUGGAGAAGAGAAGAGAGAGCAAACACAUAAGUGUUUUUGUGGGAAAACCUUUGAACAACAUGACCUCCUGGUCCAGCAUAGCAGCAUUCACACAAAAGAUAAGUCCUUAAAAUGUCAGUACUGUGUCAAAAGUUUCUUUCAUAAGCAUGAUCUCAUUCGACAUCAGCGAGUUCAUAUGAAAAGACGCUCGAAGCAAGCUCUGAACUCAUACUAAAUUCCUUUUUACCCCAAUAUGCUGGGAACAUUUGUUAGAACAAAAGCCUUAUGUGAGGCCACUAUGUCACUGUGAUCUCACUGUUGUAACUUUGUUAAUAACUGUUACUGAAUUGUGCCACCUUGUGUGCUGAGUCUCACAUUAACACAAAUCUAUUUCAUUUCUAUUCAUUCAUACACCCACACGCAGACCAUAUUAUUCCUUUACUCUGCAACAGUGCCCGCAUAGCGAUAUGGUAUUCAAUAGGCAUAAAAAACAUGAGUAUUACAGUCAAUUAAACAGCUUCUUCUCCCUCCCCCCAACACUGACAAGUAGUUGUUCAUUUUCCUCCCACAUACCCUGUAUUGUACUGAUUUGGAGAUGGAAUUAAUCCAUUACUUUGGCAUCCUAUAGAUAAAUUCAGAUAAACCUAGAAAGAACAUUUCUUCUCUGCUCUUAUGCGCUUCUUUCUGGCCUCUAAUCCUUUAAAUUUAAUCUUUUUUACUAUGCCUCUUUUUUUAAGUAGAAGGCUUCAGAGCAUGAGCUAGUACCCAGGCUUGAGUUUCCUCUAGGAGUCAUGGCUAGAGGAAUAUCAGGAAUAAAUGUAGGUUUUACUGACAGAAACAACAAGUUCAGGCCUCCUAACCAAAAUGGAACAACUUUUUCUAGACUCUACCACCCCUUGAAGCUACUUUCCUCCAAAGCAAGUCAAGGAAAUCCUCUUGCUAAGCCACUAAACAGUAAUCAGGUCCUUGCUCUUCUUUUUCUCCCUUAUUUCCUCAGUGUCAUCAGUGCAAAUGAUAACUUUUCCUUCUCCCUGUCCCCUAGUACAUACAUAUAAAUAACAUGGCCCUACAGACCUCUAAAGAAAUGUUGAUUCUCAAACCCAUUUUGUGACUACUCUGUAGAUGAAGAAAGCAUUUCAUGGGUGUUAUGUUUUGUCUUCCCACUAGAUAUGUACAUUUUAAAUUUCAUGUGGCCAAGCUAGUCUAACUUAUAUUUCCAUUCCUGAACAUAUCUCUUCUAGUGCUUUGCACUUAGAAAGUAUCUGAUGCUAGUUUAUAGUUUGCUUUAAAAAGCCAAAUUUUAAUAUGAGUAGAUCAGUUCUUAUCUCCAAAAAAAUAGUUUUGAGGGGACAUAAAUAAGGAAAGGGCAAAAAAAAAAAAAAACCUUAUGGGUAAACUUAUGGGUUUAAACUAAUGGUCCAAUUACAAAUCUGGGAAGGUGAUCAAAUUAUUACCAAGUCAUAGUAUUUAAUGACAUUGGUACAGCUUAAGCCAAUAACCUAGAAACACUCAACUUUAUAUAUGGAUGUAAUCAAGAUUAGAGCCUAGGACUUGACCCAAUAGUUACUUUGGAAUCAUGAGCCAAGAUGUUCUUCCUCAUAUAAGCCUAUAUUUCUUUGGAGAGAAAAGUUUUAUCAUACUUGAAUGGCCAAUGAAACAGAGGAUAAUGCUCUCUUGAUGCAUGGGAAUAGGACUAAGCACAAGGAAGGGUGAGUAUAUGGGUAUAUAUGGAUGUGUAUAGCUUACAAAGCCACACCUAAAAUAAUUUUCACAUUUUAGGAAUGCUGGUAAAAUAAUAUUGUUCUCAAGGGAUACUGUAAAGUUCAGAAGGCAGGAUAAUAUUCUCUCUAUCCCAAUGUAAUGUUUGUUAGCUAGAAAAAAUACACCUUUAUUUAUCUGCAGGAGAGGAGAUAUAAGUAUUUUAUGUCUAAGUGUCAGUUGAUGCUUUUUUUUAACAAUCCAAAGAGAGUUCUUUUUGGCAAUUUUUAUCAGGCUAAAGAAAGAAAUUUAAAAUUCAUACUAUUAAUUUAUAAAUAAAACCAGUAUUGCCCUCACCUAGGAUAACAGCACCUGAUUUACUCAAAAACAUGACCUUACAGAAUUGGAAAAAUAAAAAUAUAGCAUGACUUAGUUAUUGAAGGAAGUAUUCAAAUAAUUGAAUCCUUUCUAAGGUACCUUCUUAAGGACAGAGAGAUUGAAAAUCAUGUUACCUUUGUCUGGUUUUUUAGAGUGUUCCAGAUUACUAUUUUCCUGUGUUAUCCCACUCAAACCUCUUGCUCUGGGUCAGAGAAUCCCUCUAAUAGGGUGACAUCUUCUGAAGGGAAGAUCAAAGGAACUGAGUAUUUUCCCCUACUUGGAAAAGUAAAGCUUUGAGCAGGGAGGAACUUUCCAUAUAAUUUUUCAACAUUAAUUGAAAGUUAAAAUCUACUCAUCUCCAAACUCCCAUUCCCUUCCAUUCUUUAUUGUUCUUGGGAUUUUUAAACUGAGCUCCAUUUCCUCCAAGAACCUUCAAAUAAAACAGGUUUUAUUCUACCCCCAGGAAUUAGUCUUCCUAACUCUUCCCAACUAGGAAGGAAAAAAUAUUGUUCCAAGGGACAGUUAAAGUGACUUUGUCAGCAGUGGCUUUGAUUUAUGCAGUGGGCAUAAGUGAAAAUCUGACUUCUAAUGGGGAAAACAUUGUAUUGAUGUGUACCACACAUGUUGAAAAUUUCCUGAAUUGCUUUAUUUGUAAAAGUACAGGGAAAGGUUUAUUCCAGUCUAGUGGGAAAAGCACUGGGUUGGAAUAUUGUUUUCUACUUAGAAGGUCUGAUAUUGACUAGCUGUAUGACCUUGGCUAAAUCACUUGCCUGUUUUAUUCUCUUGUAUAUGUAGGCAUUUUUGUUUUAUCUACUGGGACAGUAUGAAGAUAAAAAUGAAAUUAUAGAUAUUAAAGUAUUUCAGUAAGUUAAACAUGAUUAUGUACAUUUUUUAGAAUACUAACAAAAACUUAGAGAUUAACUGCACACACACACAAUCUGCCUCACUCCUAUUAAAGUCACAAAUAUUUUUUUCUCCUUUGCAGAGUAGAACAUUUUCGGAAGUUGAGGGAUGGGGAACAGGGUUGGGAGAUUGAAUCGUCGAAUUACCCCUGACUUUUUCAGUGGAUAAACGGUGACACUUCAGAACAUUUGGAUUUACUUUCUCAAAAUCAAGCAAGUUGUGUAGAUUAUAU